AUAUGUUUUCUCGUUGACAAUGUCUUGUUAGACAUUCUUUUUAGGGAGAAAGUUGCGUUGACUAUCACACUAAAAUGCCAUUUAUAUGGUAGCAUGGUUUUUGGACACAGUAUAAAUACUGCAAAAAUCCUAUUGACUCAAUCAGACUUGCAACCUGAUAUGAUAUAUUCUCCAUUAAACGAAAUAAUCCCAGAAACAUAGUGGAAAUAAUCCUAUAAAAAGCUAAUGCCCUACUUUGAAGGGUUUCAACUGAACCAUUUUCAGCCAGUAUAUCUUGUAACUCCACUCGCAAUGGAAGACGGUGAAUACGAUAAUCUGGAAUAUAAACACUCCAAUGAGGAUCAUGGAAUGGAUAUGGACGAUCUACUUCCCCAAGUGGGCGAAUUUGGAACCUACCAGAAACUCAUGCUGUGGUUGGUAUGUCUUCCAGCUUGCUUUCCUUGCGGAUUCGGUGCCUUCAACCAGCUUUUCAUGGCAGACGUUCCAGACCACUGGUGCAACAUACCAGAACUACAAAACUUUCUCCCAGAAAUUACCAAGAAUGUAUCCAUACCUUUCGAGGACAAUGGUUUCUCAAGGUGUAGUAGAUACGUAGUGAAUUGGUCGAGACUUAUAGAAGACUCGGGUGGUACAAUAGAGGGCGUUGAGGUGAACAGCUCAUGGUCAAUUGAAGGAUGCCUGGAAGGCUGGGUGUAUGACAGAAGCAAAGUUGUUUCUAGUAUCGUUAUAGACUUCGACCUGGUUUGUGACAAAGACAUUUACCCAACGUUAGGCCUGGUAGCUCUGAACGUAGGCGGUCCCAUAGGAGUCUACACUUUCGGAAGGUUGAAUGAUACCAUCGGUCGAAAGAAGUCGUUUUUCUUAUGCCUCACUACCCUUUUAAUAGGUGGCAUACUGACGGUGACUGCCCAAAAUUUUUGGUGGUGGGCAGGUAGUCGAGUAGUUGUCGGGCUGACAAUACCCGCCAUGUACCAAAUACCUUUCAUCAUUUCUCUGGAACUUGUUGGUCCCAACUAUCGAUCUUUCGUCACUGUGCUAACAUGUAUGUUCUAUACAGUAGGUCUGAUGAUGCUGUCCGGCAUAACCUACUUGAUACGGGACUGGGUCCACUUGGGCUUAGCCACGUCCUUACCGUUCCUCCUCUAUUAUUUCUACUGGUUUUGGUUGCCAGAGAGUCCUAGGUGGCUGUUAGCCAAAGGUCGUUUCGAAGAAGCCUCGAAGAUUCUAGAAACGCUAGCGAGAGUUAACCAAAAAGCCUUGCCGGAUAGCUUCAAGCAACAGCUAAAGAGGAAAAUCAUGUACAAACCGAGUAAGAGUGAAGAGGAAGCAUUGAAAAAGAGUCCAGGCUGUUUCGAGCUGUGCGGUACCCCUAAUAUGAGACUGAAAACCACUUUGAUAACGCUAAACUGGUUCGCCAACGAGACGGUAUACGUAGGUUUGAGCUACUAUGGACCUUCCCUUGGCAGCAACGAACACCUCAGUUUCCUUUUGUCUUCUGCAGUGGAAAUUCCCACGUAUCUAGCGUGUUGGUUGGUCAUGGACAGAUGGGGAAGACGAUGGCCUAUAUGUACGUGUAUGUUGAUUUGUGGAGCGUGUUGCCUAGCAACUGCUACGAUUCCCGAUGAUGCUGUUGGAAUAACCUUGGUGCUUUUCUUGGUAUCCAAGUCUGCAAUAUCAGCAUCUUUUCUUAUUAUUUAUCCAUUUGCUGGUGAGCUUUAUCCCACUCAGCUGAGAGGUGUAGGAAUCGGUACAUCUGCUUACAUUGCAGGUCUAGGACUCAUCAUAAUACCUUUCAUCACGUAUCUCGGUUCAGAAAUGUUGAUAUUACCAUUGAUUAUCAUGGGUGUUAUAUCGAUUUUGGGUGGUUUGACUGGUCUCAGACUUCCUGAGACAUUGCAUCAUAAAUUACCUCAAACUGUUGAAGAGGGGGAAGCAUUCGGCAGAGAUUUCAAUUUGACAGAUUGCUUACGGUGCAUACCUUUGAGGCCUGAAACAUCCGUUGUUAGUUCCUAUGAGGAUUUGGAGUUGACACCUGUCAAAGUAACGCCACAUGAGGAAACUCCUUUCGAACCGAAAAUGCCGAGGAGAUCGACGAUGAGGAAAUUGGUACGGCAACAAAGUACCAUGGAUACACAGAGAGGUUCAAACGGUACGAUGCAAAUGACGUAUUGGUUUUAAGUUAUUGUGUUGUAUAUGUAUAGUAAUAUAUACGAUUAUUUGUAAAAUACCUUAUUAUUGAAUGAAGUUUCAUCACUACUUGUACACCUA